AUGUCCUUUUAUUCCACAGAACAAACUGGUGGAAGUGCAGAGGUCUUUCGCACCAUCGGAGAAAAGUGGAGGAACUUGUCUGACUCAGAUAGAGAUGCCUACAAAAAGGUGGCAACAGAUUCAGGGUCAGCUGUGUCACUACCCUCAGCUGAUAAACAAGCCAAGAAGAUAAUUGGCAACAUCAUGAAACAGGUCAGCUAGUAAUAAUCAUAGUCAUUAUCAUCAUCAUUAUUACAAACUUACAAUGAUAUUUAUCACAUUUUGUGAUGUGAACUUUGUGGUUUAUAAAUGACCAAGUUCAACUCACCAAGCUGUAUAAAGACUGGAUUGACAAGUUCUUGAAAUGAUAUACCCAAUACAUUUACUGACCUUAUGAUUUUGUUUAAUUUGAAAACUGGUCUUAAGUUGUGCUAUAAUAGCAAACAAGCAUUUCGUAUUGAAUUUUUCUGUUCGACAUUGAUUAUAAUUGAGCAGCAUUAAUUUAUCAGUUUUCUUAUUGUUACAUUUAUAUUACUGGUAGAUUGACUGUUGUCAAAUAAAAUUAUGAUAUUUAUCUGUGUGGAUUGUAAUUUAAGAUGUGCCAAAAAUUUUCCCCUUUCUUAUAAUUUUACAGUUGGUCACCAGGUGUCUCAGCAAGCUCUUAAUAAACAAUGAAAGUUAUUCUUAAACUUACUCAUAAUUACCUGUUUUAAAUAUCUUACUUUUUGGGUUUUUUCUUUUCCUUGAUUUACACAACUUUCUAAGUAUGCAAGCUCAGUAAUUUUCAUGUAAUUAAAUGUUUGUCACCAUACACUCCCAUCAUGGAAUACAACUUUAAUCCAGCACUAAACAAACUGACAUUGCUUAAGUAAUGAGUAUAUAUAUGUUAUUACACUUAUUUGGUUCUUCUAAUUGUUACCAAUCCUUAUCAAUGUUUUACACAGGUUAUUGCAGAACUGGAAACACUUGGUGGUCAUGCACUGAUGUUAUGUGCUUAUGAUGGUGUUUGUUACCAAGGUUCAGCUGGGAUUGGUGACAGCCUUUUAAAAACAAACAUCAUGGAAACAUUUGCAGGUAGAUUACACUGUGAGUACUGACUGUAGAUAUGAAUUAAUUGGCACUUUACUCUUGAUAUAUACUUUCAGGAGCUCAUUCUAAUUUUACUUGUAAUGUUGAAAUCUUUCUGCAAAUUUUUGCCCUUGAGAAUUUGUGAAUUGGAUUUUUCCAUACAUGAGUUGAUGAAAAAAAGAAAAACAAUUAGUAAAACCAAUUACCUGUUAGUUCCAAUUUGCAUUUCAUUCCUGCACUCAAAACAUAAAAAGAACCUCAAAAAAAAGUUAUCGAGAGCAGUAGUCCCGGUACUCAAUUUCUGUUACUCUAAGUGUACAUCUAUGUUCUUAAAUAUCAAUAUAAUCUCAGUAUAUUAAAACAAUAAAUGAAUCUCAAUGAAAUUCACUACAUUGAUGCUUAGAUCAACAACUUAUUACACCAAGCAUCUCGUUUCUUAAAAACUUAGAAAAGAAAGCAUUAUAUUUCCAGUGAAAAUAGGUCCUUAAUUUAUAGGUAAUUCACUGGUGGAAAAGCAAGACGUGUCAGUAAAACAUCUACAAGAAGUGUUCAACUUCAAAUACAGUAUGCGUUUUUAUAGCAUAUAUUUGCCUUUCUCCAUGCACGUGGGAAUUAAGGUCUUCGAAGAUCUAGCUGAUGUUCCUUCAAAUUAUUGAAAAAUAUCUUUGUUUUCUCUUUCCACUGAAAUGGCCGCAUUCAGUUUCAAUUGACCCAUGAUUGAAAACUACAUCUCCAUAAACUACUAUUUGAAGCAUUUAAGGGGUCAAUAGCUGUUUUACACUCAGCUUCUGCCUUUUCUGUGAUUUGUUGCAAUACGAAAAAAAGUCAUUCUUCUUUCCCAAUAUAAAUUUUAUUUCUGCUUUUAAUGUAUUGAUGUGGUAAUUCCCUUUAUCUAUGGCUAUGAUUUCUGUAUAAGUGUCAUAAUUAUUCAACGCAACAAGGAGUGACUUUUAGCUUCGUUUUUUUUUUCCAGUCAAUUUCUGUCUUUGUCUUUUGUAGGUUAACUUGUCGGAAACAGAGGAAGUAAAAUGCCUUACGCUAAGAUACAGCAAUUGGGAAUUUCAUUUAAUAACCUUCCCUUGGAUUUAAAGAAAGAGAUUGGUGUUAUUCCGCGUAAACCGUCUCUUUACGGAAGCGGCCAGCGCCGAAAGCUGUGGCUCGCCCGUCAUGACUGGAGCUUUGGAAUUUCUUUGCCUGUACCCUCCAUGGAUAGUUGCACGACCCCUUCAGCUACCACUCACACAUCAACUUCUCCUACGCCCACUCCUUCCCUUGUUAAUUCGUCGACCUCCUGUUAA